AUGUACGUCUGUGGCCGCAGUACAGACAGCGAGUCUAGAACGGAUCCAGAAAUACAACGGGACGAAGUGUCGGAUGGAUCCACAUUUCACUCUCAUUGGUCUUUGGAGGUGGUGAUGGCGUCAUGGGCGUGGGUGGCACUGCAGGUGGGCGUGGUGGCGCUGCUGUUGGCGCCGCCGCCCGCCGCCCCCUCCCCCUUGGUGCCCCCCAGUAUCUACCUCCCGCGUUUCUUAGGGGCCCCCCAAAAACAAUCUCGAAACCCCGGCGGGGAAAGCAAUAAACCACCCUUGCUAGACAGCGAGAUCGCCAAAGAGACUUGUUCCACGACUACGAAACCGUCUGCGAGUGGCUCUGGGGGUUCCCCCGGAGCGCUAGGGGGGGAAACGGCUAAGGGAAAGAUAUCAGUCACCUCAUUCAUCCACACCAGAGGCCACUCUCGGCGGACUGACUCUCACGUCCGGCAUGCAAAAAGAAUGGAUAUUAAAAACCAUAAGACCCAACAUCCCAGAAUGAAGGAACACAUAACCAGCUUCUCUAUUCAUGAUCGUAAUGCCACAGAAACCCUGCAAUCCGGACACAACCCCAACCACAUCCAGAAUAUGAAAAAAAGGUCUUCCCCCAGCCAACCUCCCUUGUCCCAUUUCCAUUACCCCCGUUUAUGGCCGCCACUCGCCACGCACCCUUCCCCUCGCAACCACGAAGUCGCCAACGUAGGCAGAGUCGCCUAUAGACAAGUAUAUGCGAUCCCAUCUGACUAUACCAAGACCCGACCCAAAGCACUCCAUCGCCCCACUGUAUCGCCACCUCGCCCCCCCCAUGACAGUCACCACCCGCCCAUCCCUUCCCCGACCCCCAUGCAGAUUACGUUUGACCACCCUCCCCCCCCCGGCCUCUACGAGAGCCUACGCUCCACUCCCACGUUCCCACCCCGCUCCUCACCCCAGCACUCCCUCGCCCGCAUAACACAUCUCCAACCCACCACACCCUACUCGACCGUCCCACGCACCCCACGGAGACAUAAGACCAUCACUGAACCCAAAAACCAACUCAGUCGCGUCACCCUCCACCCACACUGUCCAUACUACUAUGCACCCUCGCACCUCACCCUCCGCCUCCUCCGGCCUUCACUUUCCAACACUGAACAUUAUGUACCCCCCGUCCGCCCCCAUGUCCCCUGCGCACCCGCUCCACUAGGUAACCCGCGUCAUCCCCCCGCCAUGAAGCCGUUCUCUCAGCCUAUAAGAGAGCUGAAGGAGAAGUAA